GGCAGGUGAGCCAGUUCCCCGAAGGCGGACUGGAGUUUGGUGUUUGGGACCGCGGAUAGAGAUGUUGCUGUCGCCGUCCUUGGUGCGCGCAGGGGUGUUUCUGCUGCUGCUCCUCCUGGCGGCUCCGCUGCACGGCCGACAGAUCCGGUUCGGGGCGAAGGCUCUGCGGGUCAGGCGGGGGUUACGCGGCGGGGCUGAGCCGGAGACUGGAUGCGGCCCGCAAGACGAAGGAUUCGGCAAGGAGGUGCUUGGCAACAACACUCACAAGCGUGUCUUCAAUGACCUCAGUGGCUCAGUGUCCCUUUCCUGGAUUGGAGAUAGCACUGGAGUUAUUCUUGUGUUGACUACUUUCCAGCUUCCCCUAGUGAUCAUGAGCUUUGGUCAGUCUAAAUUAUACCGAAGCGAAGAUUAUGGGAAAACUUUCACAGACAUUACAGAUCUCAUUAACAACACUUUCAUCAGAACAGAGUUUGGAAUGGCUAUUGGGCCAGAGAAUUCUGGGAAGGUGAUACUGACUGGGGAUAGAUCUGGACAUAGAUCUAGUGGAAGAAUCUUCCGAUCGUCUGAUUUUGCAAAGAAUUUUGUACUAACAGACCUUCCUUUCCAUCCUUUAACUCAAAUAAUUUAUCACUCUCAGAAUUCUGAUUUGUUAUUGACCCUCAGUACAGAGGGUAGCUUGUGGAUAUCAAAGACAUUUGGUGAGAAAUGGAAAGAAAUCCACAAAGAUGUUUGCUUGGCCAAAUGGGGUUCUGGUGGAACCAUCUUCUUUACUACCUACCUGAAUGGCUCUUGUAAAACUGAUAUCGGAUUAUUGGACUUAAAGAAAACUAAAGACUUUGGGAAGACAUUCAAGACCAUAGGAAACAACAUCUACUCCUUUGGCCUAGGUGGUCGUUUUCUUUUUGCAUCUGUGAUGGUAGAAAAAACCAAGACAAGGAGAAUCCAUGUGUCACUAGAUGAAGGUGAAACAUGGAACAUGGCUCAACUUCCUUCAGUUGGACAAGAACAAUUUUACUCUAUUUUGGCAGCGAAUGAUGACAUGGUGUUCAUGCAUGUGGAUGAACCUGGAGAUACUGGACAUGGAACAAUUUAUACCUCUGAUGAUCAAGGCAUUAUAUACUCCAAGUCCCUGGAAAGGCAUCUCUAUACUACCACUGGGGGAGAGACAGAUUUUACCAAUAUAACUUCCCUACGAGGCACCUAUAUUACCAGUGUGCUUUCAGAGGAUAAUUCAAUUCAGUCUGUGAUUACCUUUGAUGAAGGAGGGGAAUGGGUACACUUGAGGAAACCAGAAAAUGCUAAGUGUGACUCAACAGCCAAAAAUAAAGAAAAGUGCAACCUUCACAUUCAUGCCUCCUAUAGCAUCUCCCAGAAGCUGAAUGUACCUAUGGCACCUCUGACUGAACCAAAUGCUGUUGGAAUUAUUAUUUCUCAUGGAAGUGUUGGAGAUGCUAUCUCAAUAACAAACCCAGAUGUUUACAUUUCGGAUGAUGGUGGCUACACCUGGUCACGGACACUUGAAGGUCCCCAUCACUAUGCAAUCUUGGACUCUGGGGGCAUCAUUGUGGCUGUUGAACAAACUCAUUUUGUCAGAGAGAUUAAGUUCUCAACAGAUGAAGGACAGUGCUGGCACAGCUAUAUUUUCAGUGAGGAACCCAUCUUUUUCACUGGUUUGGCAUCAGAACCUGGAGCAAAAUCAAUGAAUGUUAGCAUCUGGGGAUUUCAAGAGAGUUUCUUAUCUCGCCAGUGGAUCUCAUACACCAUUGAUUUCCAAGAUCUCCUCAGCAGAGACUGUGAAGAAAAGGACUAUACAAAGUGGUUGGCUCAUUCCAACAAUCCCAGUAACCCCUCAGAUGGAUGCAUACUGGGAUACAAGGAGGAGUAUCAACGCCUUCGCAAAUCUUCUGUCUGUAAAAAUGGCCGGGACUACAUUGUGACCAAGCAGCCAUCUGUCUGCAUUUGCACAUUAGAUGACUUUCUUUGUGAUUUUGGCUAUUUCCGCCCAGAAAACCAGUCUGAAUGUGUGGAACAGCCAGAGCUGAAGGGUCAUGACUUGGAGUUCUGCUUGUAUGGGAAGCAAGAGCUGUUAAAGACCAGCGGAUAUCGGAAAAUCCCAGGGGACAAAUGUGUAGGUGGGAAGAAUCCCAAACGUAAAGAGACCGAUCUGAAACAAAAGUGUACAAGUGACUACUUGAAGUCAAGUCCAUUGAAUACCUCUUCUAACUCUACUCCAGUCAUCCUGGCUGUAAUUGCUUUGAUGCUCCUCACUGCCGUCGCUGGAGUAGUCAUCAUUAAGAAAUACGUCUGUGGGGGAAGAUUUCUGGUUCAUCGGUAUUCUGUCCUGCAGCAACAUGCAGAAGCGAAUGGCUUUGAAGGACUUGACAUACCUGGGGCCACUAAAUCUGGUUACCAUGACGAUUCUGAUGAGGAUUUGUUGGAGUAGCGAUGUUCUCACUAGGACUGCACACUUCAUGGGUUUGGCUGCUGCUGUAGAAGGGCAUGAUUGCCAACAGUCCAUUUUACUUCCGAUAUCGAUGCCUUUCCCUUUUCUGAGAGAGUCUAUAUUCCUUUUGCUUCUAUCAGAUGUCUAAAACCAACAGAGCUGCAAGAACUGCAUUAGAUUUUUUUUUAAAGGGUGAGGUCAAGGUUCUCUAACUCUGUGGAAUGAAGAAGGAAAGCUGUUUAAUUUAAAUAUAGUUUUAUUUUAAUCAGAUUUUUCCAGCUCUAAAGGGAGAACUAAUAGGACUGUGAAAUAAGGAUUUCACUAAAUAUUAGCAUUACUAGGUACAAUGUACUAUGCUGCUGGAAGAAACUCCCAAAUCCCCAAAUGGGAAACACAUACUGCGCUCCAACACUGUGAUAAAAUUGCAUUGAAGAUCUUAAGCACGACAACACUCCUAGCAAACAGAGCAAUGAGAUGCUGGUCAGAGAUUGUGGGUAUUAACCAGCAUCACAAUGGGCUGUGUGCCAAAAUGCAUUUUAUUUUUGUUUCAUCUAAAAUGUAAUCAAAUGGGUAGAUGUGUACUGUGUAAUGUAAGGAUGACUCCAAGGCUUGAACUGAGUCUGCAGCCCAAUAUCCUAUGAUUCCAAGGAACUGAACUGUGAAAUUAGCAUGUGUACUGCCAUAAAUUCAGAAACAAACUGCACCAUUCUGGAUGGGAAAGAGAUGGUUUAAAAAAAUAAUAAUCUAAAAAUAAGCGGUACAGAUCUGUUAGAAGUAAGAACUAUUUAAAUUGUUUAGGUACUAAAUUAGAUACAUUAGAUCAGUUUCUUGAAGGAAACCUUUGUUCCAAGCUACAGCACUAUGAAGGUUUCCGUAUUUUCCUUUUCACUCUUUUCUUGAAAGCAAUAGGUUGGUGCUUGCCACUUCAUCACCAUUUUACUAUUGUGGAUUUAUUGUGGAGCCCCUCUGUAUCAAAGCAGUUAAACUGUUGUAAAACCCUUGUGAAAUCGUAUGCUUGAUUUUCCUAAAGCAAUAGAAAUGGAAUCUUCACAAUAUUUAAUUCAAACUGUCUUGAAGUCUAGUUAGAAACUGAUCUACCAGAAAACCAGUUGACCAGUUGAAAGCACUCCAGUCCCCAAAAGACAACUUUGAAUUUUAUGUGGGUAGACUUUUGCUUUCCCAAUAGGGCGAUUCUAAUGCUUCCCUCCUGCAGUUUUCAUCUGUGCUCUGGGAGGUUCUUUGAUCCUCAAAAUAUAUUUGGGGUGCAGGUUGGGAUGGAAGGAGAGCAAUAUUUUCCAAUACAUUCAGCUACUGAGUGAAUGUUUCGGCCAGUUGCUGAAACAUAUUUGGGUAAAUUCAACUGUAACAAUGGUGAGGUUUUUCCACUCAUGGUGGAGAGAAGAGCUGCAGUGUACAGACAGUAAUACAUGGUUAUUGAAGUUGAAAUUUGAGGUGUCCCCCCUCCCCCUAAAUUUGGGGAAAACACUGGAGGAGGAUUCUUCAUUUAAAAAAUAUUUCAAGACUAUUUUAGGGAUUCCAUUAUAGAUACCAUGUGCUUGCUUCAAAACGUUAGAAAACUGUUUCCAGAUUCAACUGUUGCAUCCAGAGUGAUAACUAAGCUGCAAAACACUGAGCCAUGUUGCUCACCUCAUUGAUAAAACAAAUGGAAUCCUUUUAUUUGCACUCCAAAGGAAUGUUCAUAAACAUUAACCUUGGUUUUUGAUGGUUUUUAUUCUUCCUUUCAUUAAAGGAUCACACCCAUAAGAAGAUACUCUUGUUUCAGAUAUAUGAAUUCAGUUUCUUUAAAAAUAAAGAAUUGUGACUGA